ACAAGGUGACGUAUGCAGUAAUUGUUUGCCAUGGAUUUUGAAAUCGGACUUGAUUUUGAAGCCAGUUUGGUCGAGCAGAUGGCCCGUGACGGCUUUCAGCCGAAAAACGAUGUUUAUGAGACUUUGGGAAUCGUUCCCGAUAACAGACGUAUGCCACCACUUAAAAAUAUAUCUGCCACAUUCGAAUUACCGAGUAGUGAAAAGCAGAGCGACGACACGAUCGAUCAACUAGUACUGAGUCAAUACCUAUUGCUGGAAGACGUCAAAUGCACCAAUCGCGAAAUCAGCGGCAUGGUAAGGGUGGCGAACAUCGGGUUCUCAAAAACAGUCAAGAUUCGAUACACGCGAAAUAACUGGCGCACAAGUGACGACAUUAUUGCCGACUAUGUACCCUAUAACAAACCUAUUCCAGAGAAAACGAGUUGCCCUGAGACGCUGAGCGCCAAUCUGACGGAGUGCAAAGAAAAGACGGAAGAUACGAAGCCACCGGUGACGGAACGAUUUGCCUUCGUACUACCAAUACCAAAGGAUUUUGGCGUCGGCUCUCAUCUAGAGUUCGCCAUCUGCUACGAAGUAAACGGCCAGACUAUAUGGGACAAUAAUAAUGGACAAAACUACGGUUUCGAGUGUUUAAUUAAAGACCUGAAUCCAAACCACGUGGAAAGCGACAAAUGGUGGCAUCACUUCAUGUAUUAGCUGUCACGGCGAUGGUGUUUUAUACAAUAACGCCCCUGUCUUUACUACCGGACAGGACCACGUGAUCGAGGACUCAACGAACACAAGGCUGAAACAUUGUAGUGAUUUCAAGAUUAAAAACCUCGAGAAAACGUUGAUUUAGAAGACUAUUAUGAAAUGACGUCUUGCACAUACAGCCCGCCAUCAACGUCGGAGUCCAGCUACUAUGGAUGAACAUAGAAUAAGAUUAGAGAUGAUAUUAAUAUAUACCAAAAUGAUAUAUAGUGUGGCAAAUAACGCUUCAGUUUUGACGUUUUCUUCGUGUAUAUUUUAUUGAAAUCGAUAUUAUGCCAAUCCAGCAUACAAUAUGUCAGAAUGUUUCCUUCAAUCAGUAAAUAGUACGUGUCGAUUUAUACCUAACACAAUUUAUGUAUGUAGUUGAAACCAGUUUUUUUUUUAAUAAAUAAUUAAAAGCAAAAACACCACGCGAAAGCAGUGAGAACGUUAUCACCAAGGACAAAGGACAAUGUGUUUUGCUUGUUAAAUGGUUUCAUCUUUAUCAAAAUGUAUAUUAUACAAGUGUUAAUAAAUGCAAGAAAUGUAA